GUACGGGUGGAGGAUUGGCCAAAAAAAAAGACGUCUGUACAAAUGGCGCAUGCGCAGUUUACUCACGCACCAACCACACGCCACUUGUUCCUUCAGCUGUCACUUCUCACUCUCGCUUCGACUUGUGGUUUCUGCAAGUAUGGGCCUCAUCACGGGAUUUUUUGCUUUUCUCUACCAUUUUCCACAAAUUUACAAAUGGCUCCUCAAGCCGUAUUAUAUCAUUUCGUUUCUUAUGACCGUUGCAUUUAUUGCCGUGCGAAAAGCGCCAGGACUUUGCGAACACCUGGCUUCACAACGAGAAGACAGCAACUCCUGCGACUUGGACUGGAGAGAAUGGGAGAUUCUAAUGUUCCUCUGUGCCAUUGUGAUGAUGAAAAACAGGAGAGCCAUUACUCUGGAGCAGCACAUUGGAAACAUUUUCCUUUUCAGCAAAGUAGCAAAUGUCAUUUUAUUCUUCAGGCUCGACAUUCGACUUGGGAUCCUUUACGUCGUACUCUGUCUUGCAUUUGUGAUGACAUGUAAGCCUCCUCUAUACAUGGGCCCAGAAUAUAUUAAAUACUUCAAUGACAAGACCAUAGAUGAGGAGCUUCAGCAGGAUGGUCGGGUGACAUGGAUUGUUGAAUUCUAUGCAAACUGGUCAUCCGACUGCCAGUCAUUUGCACCUGUUUUUGCCGAUCUUUCCCUCAAAUACAACUGUGCUGGACUUCAGUUUGGCAAAGUGGAUAUUGGACGCUAUGGAGAGGUUUCUCAGAAGUACAGGGUUAGCACAUCACCCUUGGCAAAGCAGCUUCCAACACUGGUGCUUUUCCAAGGCGGUCGGGAGAUCAUGAGACGCCCAAUGGUUGACAGCAAAGGAAGAGCUAUAUCUUGGACUUUUAAUGAGGAAAACAUUAUCAGGGAAUUUAACCUAAAUGAAAUCUUCCAAAAAUGUAAAAAGCUUAACAAAAGUCGUGGGUUGAAAGAAGAUGUACCAAAUAGUUUUGAGCCAGAAGAAGACAGUACUGAGUUUGAAACAGGAAACCAGACUGAAAGUUCAGAGAGUAAGAAGUACAAGUGAAGGAGAAUGUGAAGUUAAAUCUAGGAUGUUGAGAAAUGUUAUCAGCAUUAUUUAUGAAUGUGUUAUUGGGCCUUUAAAUUACAAAUAUCAGAAGUUGAACAAGGUGGUAACACAUGUAUGCUUGAAGAGCUUUGCUGCUUUACACAUAAUUGUAUGGGUUCAAAUCCAGCAAUCAGCUUGAACAUUUAUUCACCAGAAUUAAAAGAUAUCUAUUCUUAUGUUGA